UACUACGGAGUACUCUAUUUCAGUCUCCCUCUGCCGUGCCCGCUUCUUGUAUUCUCCACCGGCAGGAGUUCGGGGUGCAUAUCUGCCCAGCGAUCACCCAGAAACCCGGGGAUGGAGGCGGUGGUGGUGGAUGCUGGUUCUAAAUUCCUCAAAUCUGGCUUUGCCAUUCCUGACCAAGCUCCGUCCAUGAUAAUUCCAACUCAAAUGAAACGCGUCCCUGAGGAUGAGAGCGCCCUUGAUGCGGCGGUUGAGGAGUCCACGGAGGAGGAAGCUGUGAACCCUAUUGUCCGGGGGUUCGUGAAGGAUUGGGAUGCUAUGGAAGACUUAUUGCAUCAUGCUCUUUACACCGGCCUUGGUUGGGAAAUAGGAAAUGAAGGCCAAAUAUUGUUCACUGAUCCACUUUGCACUCCCAAGGCAAUUAGAGAACAGUUAGUGCAGCUGAUGUUUGAAACAUUUAAUAUCUCAGGGUUUUAUGCCUCUGAGCAAGCAGUGCUGUCGCUCUAUGCUGUUGGGCGUAUAUCAGGAUGCACUGUUGACAUUGGUCAUGGGAAAAUAGAUAUUGCACCAGUAAUUGAAGGUGCUGUUCAGCACCUAGCUUCCAGAAGGUUGGAACUUGGUGGUGCAGAUCUGACACAGUUGCUAGCAGAAAAACUCAGUAUAUCUAAUCCAAUGGUGAAAUUCAAGAUGUCAGAUGUGGAGAAGAUAAAAGAGCAAUAUGCAUGCUGUGCAGAGGAUGACAUUUCGUAUGAUAAGAUGCAACAAUCUAUUCUGGAAGAGGAACAUAUACUACCCGAUGGCCAGGUUAUCAAAAUUGGGAAAGAAAGAUAUACUGUUGGGGAGGCCUUCUUCCAGCCCUCUAUUUUGGGAUUAGGAACACAUGGAAUUGUCGAGCAACUUGUUCAUAGCAUUUCAACGGUAUCUUCUGAGCACCACCGCCAACUGCUAGAAAACACUGUGCUUUGUGGGGGCACUGCUUCAAUGGCUGGGUUUGAAGAUCGAUUCCAGAAAGAAGCUAACCUUUGCUCAUCGGCUAUCAGCCCCUCUUUAGUAAAGCCACCAGAGUACAUGCCAGAGAACUUGAAUAUGUAUUCGGCAUGGGUGGGUGGUGCGAUACUCGCAAAGGUUGUCUUCCCUCAAAACCAACACAUCACCAAGGCGGACUAUGACGAAAGUGGACCUUCCAUUGUUCACAAGAAAUGUUUUUAGGGAAUAUAUAUAUAUACACUGACUUGUGUAACAUAGUUUGUUAUGAGGCUGAAACCAAAUGUGAUCUUGAUCAACGUACGGACCACUGCAGAGUACUGUAGUAUUAUUUAUUUCCUUAAUAUAAAUCUUCAAUGUUGUAGCUUGUUGUAGCUUAUACUGAUGUUUAAAUGAUACUCGCAGAAGUUAUUGCCUCUGAAAUGAUCUAUUG